UCUUGCAUUAGAUAGGGGGACAGAAUAGAGUUGAGAGAAAGAAGAAAGUCUUAUGCAGCAGGAUUGCAGGAGGAGAGGAGGCAUGCUAUUAGCAAGAUCAGAAGAGCUGUUAGCCUAAAAAUAGUGAUAGAAGAUAACAAGAGAUGCAAUAUUGCAGCAGUGAGAAAGAGACUGAAGACAAUCAGAGUAGAGUUGAUCACAUAAAAAGCUUAUAAAAAGUUUUUGACUCCAUCCUUCUAGAACAGGGGUUCUCAAAGUGGUCGAUAUCGACCCCCAGGGGUCGAUGGGACCAUCCAAGGGGUCGAUGAAUAUCCAGGGGGUCGAAAGGGGGUCGAUGAAUAAUCGAAGAGUCAGUAAAUGGUACUGCUGGAGUCGAAGGGACCUUUGAAGCCCCCGACUAGAAAUCCCAGAUUAUAAUUUGUAAACAUCUGAAGAAUAUCGGGCACCAUUAAAUAAAAAAAAAACAUAAUUUAUUGAUUUCAAACAAUAGGAAAUUUUAGCAGUGCUGGCAACACUACAUUCAACCAAUCUUCCUUGUCUCGCACCUCUACUGCCCGUACCAGGGUCCGUACAGGAAGCAUUCCUGUCUCUGUCCUGUACUGAGUGAGCGAGCGUAUUCCCCGCCCCACCCCGCCCCACCCACACAUCUCGCUGUCUCGCUGCUCUCGCAUUCAGUGUACUCUUAGCUCCCGUAACUGGUCCGUGAAUUGAUUAUUGUGACGCAUUGAAAAUUGUGUGUAAUAGACAUAAUGGCUGCUGUAGCUGCUAAGAAGAAAUGCCGCCAGUAUUCUCAGGAAUAUUUGAAAUAUGGAUUCAUUACUUCAUUAAGCAAUGACACCAUGCCAUUAUGUCUCUUGUGUGAAAAGACUUUCAGUAAUGAUGCCAUGAAACCUGCAAAGAUGAAGGACCACCUUGAAAGAGUUCACUCUGAUAAGAAACACAAAGACCUUGACUUGUACAGCUCAACUCUUCAGUUCCUGGCAGACGUGGACUCAUCUCUAUGUGAAGAGUUGAAAAAAUGCAAAAAUGCCCUUUUCUAUUUGGCAGACCUCUAUUCUAAAUUUAAUGAGACACAAAAACGCCUGCAGGGUAAAGAUGUUACCAUCAUUCAGGCCAGGACAGUUCUACUGGGAUUCCAAGGCAAGCUUGGCUUGUUCAGAGCUUCACUGGCCCGUAGAGAUUUUCAGUAUUUUCAAACUUACAACAGGUACAAAGUGAAAAAAUUUCUGAUGGUGACCUAGAAACAUACAUAACUCAU